AUGAUGCAGAAAGGUUUCUGGAAGACGGUCCCUGGACCUAGACUGCUCAAGUUGAUUACUGCAGUCUCUGCCGUGGCCAUUUCCUAUGAGGGCAUGAGUCAGGGUGUCAUGGGCGCUGUCACUGUCGCCCCAGAAUUUGGACAUCGUAUGGGCUUCGCCGAUGAGCAUGGAAAAGUCAUCAAGCCCUCUCUGCAGGGUGGCAUCGCUGCCAUGUACUAUUUCGGUGCUCUCUUCGGAGCUUUCUGGGCCGGUAGUUUCUCCGACGCCUACGGACGUAUCAAGGGUAUCUGGAUGGCCUGCGUCUGGUGUCUUGUCGGAGCCAUCCUGCAGGCUAGUGCCGUGAAUCUUGCUCACAUGCUCUGCGCCCGUGUCGUCGCGGGUGUCGGUGUCUCCUUCAUUAUCGUUAUUGCUCCCUCGUGGACCGCAGAGCUGGCUCCAGCGGCCCAUCGAGGUCAAAUGAUCGCCCUGACUUUCCUCGCCAACUUUGGAGGCAUUGCCUUGUCUUCCUGGAUUGGCUUCGCUACCUCCUUCACCGAAUACGCCGGUGGCGCCUUUCGAUGGCGCUUCUGCUUUGCCUGCCAAGCGAUCCCGGUUUUCUUCCUCGUCAUCGGCACCCUGCUCAUUCCUGAAUCGCCUCGUUGGCUCGUCAAGGUCGGACGCAACGAGGAGGCAUUCGAGAUUAUCACCAAGCUCCGUGGAGAUGGCGACCGCGACCACCCGAAUGUGCAGAAAGAAAUUCGCGAGAUCGUCGCUGUCGUGCAGAUGGAACAGGAGUCGCAGAACUCCAGCUAUAUCAAAAUGUUCUUGGGCAUUGGAUCGGGAGAUAUUCACAUUGGACGUCGUAUCCAACUGGCCUUCUGGCUCCAGGUUCUGAUGCAAUACGGCACGGGUAUCGCGGCGGUUGUCAUCUACUCGGGAAACAUCUAUCGCACUGCUGGCUUUGAUGAUUUCAAGUCCAACUGGCUGUCUGCUACGUGCAUGACCUGCGGUAUUCUGGGAACUGGUAUCGCUGCCUUGACCUUGGACCGAGUGGGUCGUCGCCGGACCCUCUACUGGGGAGCGGUCGUUUUGAGUAUUAUUCUCUUUACCCUUGGUGGUCUGAACCGUGGAGCCGUCAACAACCCCGACAAGGCUGAACAGUACGGAACCGGAGCCGCCGCCAUGGUCUUCCUCUACGUGGUUGUCUUCAGCUCCUCCUGGUUGAUGAUUCCUUUCAUCUAUCCGACCGAGAUUUUCCCGACAUGGCUGCGCGCCAAGGGUAACGCCUUCGGUGUUGCGGGUUGGGCGGUCGGCUACGGCGCUGGGUCGCUGCUGGUCCCGGUCAUGUUUGCCGGUAUCCACGAAAAGACCUUCUACGUCUUCGGUGCCGCCAUGUUCGCCUACAUCCCCAUCAUCUACUGUUUCUUCCCCGAGACUGCCGGCCGCACGCUCGAGCAGAUCGACUUCCUGUUCGCCAGCAAGAGCCCCUUCGUCUGGGAUGAGGAGAAGGAGUUUGCCAAGCGCAUGGCUCACUUCAAUGCUGAAAUCCAAAAGAUGGAGAUUGAGAACGGUGGAUAUGCGGGCGACGAGAAGAGAUGUGAGGAGUUUGUCGAGAAGGUCUGA